GCCGUGUCAUGGGACGCCUGGCUGAGUCGCGUCCGUUGCCGUCAGUCAUGCUGCGUCUCCUGUUACCGCUGGCCGGCUUGGCGGCCGUUUUCCGGGCGGCGGCUUUGUUGACCCAAGGCAUCCCUUCAUAACCACAUUAUUGCCUACUGGAGAAUUCUGCAGAACAGAAGGGAACGGUCAGGAAGCAAAGAUGAUCUCCUUCAAGCAACUGCCCCUUGAAGCAAAGGCUGCAGUGGCUGCAGGAGUGGUUUUCUUCUCCAUGAUGCUAUCGCGGAGUUAUCUGGCAGAAAGACUCGAUCUCAGGACGUGGCGUUGGCUUCUAAGGCUGCAGAUGGCUCUAUUUGCUAAUGCACUCAUGUUGAUAGGAUCUCUUCAUGUCUGGAGAAGCACAGUCACCACAUUCUCCAGGUCUUCAGCUGCCAGCUCCUUCUGUUUCAUGCCGUGGAAAAUAGCUGUGUUCAUGUUUCUAGCUUUGGCUCAUUCAAGCUUCUUUACAUUGCUAUUUCUCGUUGCAGAAGAGCCCUAUUUCUUUUCUUUAGCUGCCUACACUUGCCUGGGGGCCUAUAUCAUUCUUAUCUUCUUCCUCUUCACUCUAGGCUCUGUAGAGCAGGCUUACAGGUUCUUGGCUGGGAGAGGCACUAAGGCAGGCACUGGCAACAAGAACAGAACAGCGAUUAAACCAGUUUUGGCAGUCAUGCUGACUGUUGCGCUGACUGUUGUCGGGCUGUUAAAUGCUUCCCAGCCUCCCACUGUGAAUUCAGUGGAGGUUCCAGUUCACAAGCUGCCCUCAACAAUGAAUAAUCUGAAAGUGGUGUUGCUUUCAGAUAUCCAUCUGGGGCCUACAGUUGGGAAGACCAAGCUUGCCAUGAUUGUGAGAAUGGUUAAGGCUUUGAAACCAGAUAUCACUGUGAUUGUUGGGGACCUGACUGACUCUGAGGCAGAGAUCAUACGACCUGCUGUUGAGCCUCUUGGAGAACUUAAGUCCCCUUUGGGGACUUACUUUGUCACAGGAAACCAUGAGUACUACACAUCAGAUGUUAGCAACUGGUUUGAGCUGUUAAAAUCAUUUAACAUUCAGCCACUCCAUAACGAGAAUGUGAAGAUUGUUUCACCGAAGAGCACUGAUGACUGGUUCUGCCUGGCUGGUGUUGAUGAUAUUGAAGCAGAUGUAUUACGCUACUCAGGACAUGGCAUGGAUUUAAAAAAAGCUCUCAGAGAUUGUAGCAAUGACCAUGCAAUAGUGCUGUUAGCUCAUCAGCCGAUUGCUGCAAAGUGGGCCCUUCAGGAGAGACCAGACAUAAACUUAAUUCUCUCUGGCCAUACUCAUGGAGGGCAGAUGUUCCCACUAAAUGCUGGAGCUUAUUUUCUGAAUCCAUUCUUUGUUGGGUUGUACGAAGUUGGGCAGAACACCUUUGUCUACGUCAGCCCAGGGACGAUGUACUUUGGAAUACCUAUGAGGCUGGGCAGCAGAGCUGAAAUAACGGAGAUAAUUCUACGUUCUCCUUGAGGAGUUUUCCAUUUGAUGGGUUUCUGUCAUCCUUUUUGGUCAGUAUAUUGGCUCUUCUGCUCUGAAAGCAAAUCCUUUUUCAGGGAAGCCAGAGAAGAUGUGUUGGGGUGGACUUCAGCAGGCUGUGUUAAGUUUGAGCAGAAACACUAACUGUAUCUUGGGCCUGUGAAACAAAUCAGGGGCAUGUUAAAAUACUGAAGAUAUUAAUUCUUUGAGUUCAUUAUUAUUGAGGUUCUGCAUUUAAAGAUAACACUGAUGUCAUGGAGAUAAUGUGUGUCCUGUGCAUGUUUAGUAAUAUCUGUGUCCUGCGGCUACUUCAUGUUCCACUGUUUAUUAUCCAUCAGGCAGCUGCCUUAUCAAAUCUCAGACAGGUGAAGUUCUGAUCUCUUGCAGUGAAAUUGCUCAUGCAUGUUUUGUGGAAGGUACUACAGAGUGUCCACUGAGUUAUGUAAACUCUAGAAGCCUUAUGCUAGAAAUGUUACAGGAAGGGAGUAGUUUUGGGGUUUUAUUAUUGAGGCUGGGUAUCUUUAUCCUGCUAGCUGUCCGCAGCAUGCACUAGGGCUUCCAAUCUGUGCUGCUUACCAGUACAGUAAGUUGCCAGGCAUCAGUUCCUGAAAUUCUUUUUCUUCCAGUUAAAAGGCUGGGGAGGCUGAUACCAAGGGGUAAAAGUAGCUGUCUUUCUGCAGGCAUUUUCCCCAGAAUAACUGGGCAUCUAGUAGUUACUGAAAAUAGUUCUAAUAAAAGCAAAUGAGAAAGAAAACUCCUAAGGAACAUAACUUCUGUUGCUGUCCGAGCAUACAGUACCUCCUGAUGUAAAGCACAAAAUCCAAAGCUGAAAUACUCAAGUCUCUUCAUUCUGUAUUUUUUUUGUUUAUGCUUAAUUUCUCUUCUGUGAUUUUUCUCUUACAAAAGUAAGGAGAUGCUAUUUGAAAACAAUGCCUAUAGGUUAAUGCUUGAACUUUAAGGUUUUAAUAUUUCAAGUAAAUGGUGUCCUUUUUAAGAAGUCUAAACUCUGCAGCAGGUAUCUUUCCUUAACAGCAUUUGUGUAUCAGUGUCCUGGUUGUCUGAUAGGCACAUGGCAGAAUAACUGCUACAGGAUAAUGAGGGAUGGAGAAUUUCUCUCUCUUUCCUAGAAGAGCUUAACACAAAUUAAUACCAUUCUGGGAAAUUUGAGAAUUUAGAAAAUAAUAAUGAAAACAUUCUUGCUUCCAUAUCUUUGUGUUAAUAUAAGAAAGCCAGGAUGUAAGUUAAUGCGUGCAUAUUUUCCAGGCUGAUGAAACAGUUUACUUCUGUUCAUCGUCCUCUCUCCUUCCUCUUCCACCUCAGUGUUGCUGUGUGAAACGCCACGAACAAUACAAAUCUGGCAAUCCUGCCUCUGACUCUGCAGUCUGCAGCUGUAGCCACAGGGUUUCCCUUGCUCUGCCUUUCUGCCCACCAGUAGCUACGUUCCUCUUGGGCAGACCCAUUUAGCAUGGGGCAAAAGAGAUCAGCGCUUACGCGGGAGACAGGAUAGCAGGACCGGAACUGUGGUGGUCUGUCUUUUUCUGCCUUCCUGUGUGAUCCCGAACCAGACACGCUUCUGUUUUAUUCUUCAGCUUCUGCUCUUGUUUUGCAGGAGGCUUGUGGGGCUGUAUUUGAAGACUACUAUAGGCUUUGUAAAGUUGAUUUAUUUUCUGUAAGUGAAAUUUUGAAGUUUCCCUUCAUCCGCUCCCUUCAGCACCGCCCAGGCAGAGUUUCUAACUGCUAAACUGGUUUUGUAUCCUGUUACUCUGUACAAACAUCUUGCAUUUUUACUCAGAGGAAUUUUGAGAAAUACUGUAAAUGUGUCAUGUGCACUGGAAGGUUGGUGGAAGAGUUGGAGAAGUCAGUCCUUUUUUGGUCUGAAAACUGAACACCUGACCAGCCAGGCUUUCUGCUUGCCCAACUAGAUAAUUUCUGUUUCCCAGCACCUAUAAUUUUGUAAACUUUUUUAUGCUUGUGCAAUAAUAUCUGCUUAAAUAUCCUAAAGUUUCCACGUAUAUUUAACACUGCCCGCAUGGGGUCCUUCUGAGGUUCUUUCCCUGUUGGUGGCAUAGUGUCAAAUGGUCUUUUGUAGAGAGAAUCUUGAUAGCCUGUAACUCUCUGUUUACUUAUCAACGUGCUUUCAGUUAAAAGCUGUGUUCUGGAUUUAGUAGUGCAGAGUAUUCCCUCUAGGACAGUGGUCCAGGAGGAUAGCUUUUCAUUUGUUAAGCUGAGGGUUAUUACUGUGUUAAGAAGACUAAUUGUUGAGCAAGUUUCCUUACCAGGAGGCUUUUGUGGAACUGGUUUUAGGUGGUGUUAGUUUCCCAGUGAGUUGCUAGUAUUAUUUUUUUUCUUUUUUUCCCUACGCUUUUUAUGUCUCUCUUCAUUCUGCCCAAAUGUGUGCAAAAACCUAGCUGAAGUGGUCUGUCCGUCCCAGGGGUGCAUAGAUGACUUUAUUACUUUGUAUGUGCCACUUUUGGAGGAUCUUUGUGUAUCCUUUCAGGGGCAGAUAAACAUCCUUUUAGGAGUGGUCAUAUCAUUUCAUAAACUUACUGAGUUCUCCAAUGUAAUUUAGUUCUUGUUCAUUUUUUCAAGUAUCUCCCUCUGAAAGCUUGUUUGCUUGAUGAUUAGUUAUCGCUUAAAAUGUUUUCUUUCUGUGCCAAAACACUUCAAAGCCUCUUCCUAUUUUUUUUUUUUUAAGUAUGAAUGGAAAGUAUCCUACAUCAACUUUCUUUUUGAUAGUAAGAGGAAUUAACCUUUUUAAAAAUCUCUCUAGGACAGCAAUCCCUAAUUGUCCUUCAAGGCUUUUUCUGUACUUUUUCCAAUUUGACUUGAAUGUGCAUGAUGUAGACCUGUGUUCAGUAUUCCAGAUGAAAAAAAGGCUGUGCUGCUUAUUUUGUAAUUUUUUUUUUUUUUUGUGAAUUUGUGUGUGUGGGGGGGUGUGUGUGUAGAAUGUAUUUGAUCUGGAGAACUUAAGUAAAUGAAUAUAUAUUUCUUCCUAUAAAAGGCCAGUUCAUGGGGGGGGGGGGGGGGAGUUAAUCACUAUCAGAAUAAUACCAGAACAGAAUAGUGUCAUCACUUUGUGAAAGUUAUAUUUAUUACAUUAUAUAAUCGGUAUAGAGUGGAUUUGAAAAUAUGUAAAUUGUGGUAUAACAAAUGCUUUAAAUGUUGGGAUUUAAUAAAAGUUUAUUCGCUUAUCAAGAAA